CGCCGAGCCGACCGCGCGUCGCCGAGCCGCGCCGCGAGUGCGUGAGUGCAGCCGUCUGCGUCGCCAUGAGGGCCGGCGCCGGCCGAAGCCCGCAGUGAGCCGCAGCUCCCGCGCGGAGCCGGGCCGCUCGAGGUGGGUCGUCCUCCGCUCCGCCCGCGGCAGGAGCCGCGCUGUCCUCCGCCAGGGCGCAAGAUGCGCUUCGCCCGAGUCGCGCGAUAGAACUGUUUCGCAACUGGACUUGACGCAAUUUUGCACAUCAAACGUCUCUUAUCUUCUUCUCGGGAUACUACAUUGCAAAGCAUUGUCGUCUAAAACGAGUUAUAUACGCAAGAAUUAUCCUAAACAACUUUUAGGGUGGUGCGCGUGAUGGCGCAUGGAGGGCCUGCGGCGGGCUCGCAGCUGCGUGGCGCUGGCGCUGCUGGUGGCGCUGCCGCCGCCCGCCGCCUCCGGCCCGCGCUACAGCAGCCGCAUUGUGCACACCGGGAACGGAGCGAUACGAGGCAUUAUCGUGGAGCCAGCGUCACGGCGCUUGGAGCCGGUGGAGGCGUUCCUGGGCGUGCCGUUCGCUGGCCGGCCGGAGCGGCUCGGCCCGCCGCCGCCUGCGCCUCCCUGGCCCGGCACGCGUCUCGCCGACGCCUUCGCGCCUGUCUGCCCACAGCGCUAUCCAGACAUAUCCAACAAGAGUGCAGCCCUGUCGAAGAUGCCGCUGGGCCUGUACAACGAGCUGAAAGCCACGUUGCCCUUGCUGGCCAACCAGAGCGAGGACUGUCUGUAUCUCAACAUUUACGUGCCCGGUAGCGGCGCGCGCGGCAUGGAAGCGCCCUACGGUGUGGUGGUGUGGGCGGGCGGUCCGGCGCACGAAUGGGGCGCCGCCAGCGCACUCGACGGCGCCGUGCUGGCGGCGCGGGCGCACCUGCUCGUCGUCACUAUCAACUAUAGGCUAGGAUUAUUAGGUUAUUUAACGACGGGGGCGGCCGACGACCCCGCGGCCGCGGCGGGCGGCGCGGCGCUGCUGGACCUGGCCGCGGCGCUCAGCUGGCUGCGGCGCAACGUGGCGGCGUUCGGCGGCGACCCGCGCCGCGUCACGCUGGCCGGCCACGCCGCCGGCGCCGCGCUGGCCAACGCACUGCUCAUGACUCCGCACGCCAAGGGGCUGGCGUCUCGCGUGCUCCUGCUGAGCGGCUCGGCGCUCGGUCCCUCCGCGCUGGCGCCGGACGCGGCGCUGGCCCGCGAGCACACGGCGCAGGCGCUGCGCUGCGCGCGCGACUCCUCCGCCGAGGAGCACUGGCUGCUGGCGUGCAUCCGAGCGCGGCCGCUGGCGGCGCUGCUGGCCGUGGAAGCGCCACGCGCGCGCUUCCUGGCGGGUUGGGCCCCCAGCGUCCCGCUCUCCCCUGCAGGGGGAGCCCCCCUCUCGCCCACACGCGCCCUGCACGCCAGCGACGCCUUCCUGGACUGCGCGCUCGCCGUCGUCGUUACCACCACCGAGAGCUAUCAGUACUUCAACGAGGAGGACAUUCACCACGGCUUCGAGGAGGAACACAGGAACCGGAUUCUGCGCACGUACGUGCGCAAUGUGUAUCGGUAUCACCGGAACGAGAUCUUUGCGGCGGUGCGCAACGAGUACACCGAUUGGGAAAAGCCUAUUCAGCAUCCGAUCAACAUCCGCGACGCGACACUGGAGUCAUUGAGCGACGCGACUGCGGCGGCGCCGGCCCUGCGUGUCGUCCAACUGCAUGCGCGACGCGGUGCGCGAACUUACUUUGCACACUUCGCACAUCAGAAUAAGGAUGCUGACUACCCACAGCGCCUGGGCAGCGUGACGGGCGAGGCGCUGCCGUAUUUCCUGGGUCUGCCGCUGGUGGGCGGCGCGCGCAAUUACUCGCGUGCGGACAUGGCCGUGGCCGAGGCGUGUGUGGCGCUGCUGGCGGCCUUCGCCAAGACCGGCGAACCGGCGCCGGCGGCCGCGGCGCGCGCCGACGACCGCCACGCAGACAACGUCGCCUGGCCGCGCUACGAGCUCAAUACGCAGCAGUACCUCAGCAUAGGAUCGAAGUUGCGAGUGAAGAGCCACUACCGCGGGCACAAGUUGGCGCUGUGGCUGCAUCUGAUCCCGCAAUUGCAUCGCCCCGGUGCCGCGCCCAGACACCACCAGUUCCGCGCGACGCACCCUGACAUGUUCGCAGGUCAGUCGCCUCUGUUGCUCCUUUUACCCAACACCGCACACCAUUGAUGAUUAAACUUUACAGCAUUGAUUGCUUUUUUUAAAUGUACAGAAAGUUGCUUUGUCGCUUGUGCUUUGUCGAGGUCACGUAUAUCCCCUUUUA